GUGACCGUGUCCCUACUUGCUUCUUUCGGGAUCUCCGUUCCGGUAACCCAAGCAACAGAGCCAGCUCCGUCUUCUCGGACUCACAAAAGUGGACAUUGGAGCGGCAUCAAGCGAGCAGAUGACGGCAUUCGUCAGGAACGAUGUCCCAUCCGCCCAUGAAACACGCACAAGCUCUCUUGAGCAGUGCGCGGCUCACGGCUGAGGUUAUACACAUGACGAACCGUUCCUGCGAAGCCACCGCGGCAGGCUCAUGCGACGCAGCUGUUUUCCAGCCUGGCCACGCGCGGCUUCGCCUUUCCCGUCUGAGCAACCAUCUCGUCCGUGGGUCGAUUCGGCGUCUGCCAUCGCCCAUCCCGAAUUUCCCGACGCGGAGCUCCUCGGUAGUCGAUCGACCCGCGGAUCACACCACAUUGAAGGCAGGGAUGGUCUCCCCACGUUGUCCACCAGCUUCUGCAGCGUCCCCAGAUUCGGGUUGGUAUGUAUGCUCGUCACCCAGGGGGCAGGCAAGCGCUGUGUUUGCACACGCUAACCCCACACUUGCUCCCGUCACCAACGCCUCGCCUUGUGUCUCUGGGGUGCAGGGUCGCCCCCAAGGCUCUUCAGCAUCCCGCCGUGUAACCGGUUUCCCCGGUAUGCUUACGCCAAGGAACUCAGCUCUUACUUCCUCUUCUGCGAAGUCUCACUGUCUCAGUCUGAAUCUAUGUUACAACUUCGGAUCUUGUCGGCCGCGUGAUCACGCCCGGGUCCCACGUGAACCUGAACUGGUAGAUCACAGCGUAUCCCGCAACCAAAAGAUUCUGCCAGGGCCCGGCAAGAACAUGCCGGGCCGAGCCAUUCCCCCAUCGCUCUUUUGGUACAGCGGGUGGAGGGCCCGUACCAUGAGCCCUAGGAUUCGUCAAUACCUCGCCAGUCGUUGGGGCCAUUCCGGUCCUGGCGAGUCAUGUAAAUGGCUCACCUAGCGUGGGCUCGCGGAAAGACGACUCCAAUCAUAGCCUUCCCCCUUCUUGUGAGAUCCUCUCCGCGUUGGAACAAACCCCGCCGGCGCGCGGGGAACCAGAAAACAGAGACCCCGUCGCCGUCACGGAUGCGGUGAUGCGGCGAUGUUCCUCAACGCCUGUUUCUUUUCGUGGCCAACACGUGCCGGGUAUCACCUUAGCUCCACUAGCUCCCAUCAUCCGCUCGACACUGCGGGUCUCACCAGGAAUUUGGACCAUGCACAAGGUCCUCUCAUGACCAACAGGGUGUCAUCAUCGCCAU